CAAUGAACUAGCAACGCCUACUUAAAACUUUGUGCGUGCUGUACAGGAGCGUUCCCAAACUAGCAGAAGAAUUUUCCAUUCAGCAGGACGUGACGCGUUGUGCAAAAGUUUUAUAAGCCAUUUCCUAAUUCCUGUACGAAUUCCAAUAUUAGUAUCAAAGGUAAUGGCGGACAGCAGUCAGGAAACUACAAACGACAACAUGGAAAUUGAAUGUGGUUCGCCCGAAGAACAGCCUUCGCAGAACGUGAUUCAGAAGGUGAUGGAACAGAUACAACAAAUGGUAGAGCAGAAUAAGUUCACCGUGCUGCAUCAAGUAAUUCAGCAAAGCAUCCAACACGUAAACCAGAAAAAGGAAAUCAUGAAGCUGCAGCAUUCCAUCAAGAAAGUGCUGGAGGAGCGGAUGCAGACCAAAAGUGAUCUAUUCCUGCAGCACAAUUUUCAGAAAAAUGUACAACAAAUCGAGGAUCUGAAGCACACCACUUCCGUGCGUGUACGCGAAAAAUUGGAAGCCAUCAAUGCACUCAUAAAAUCGAACGAAGCGCUUCGCGCACAGCUUAAAGAAGACGAUGCUAUGGCCCGAUCAGAAAUGGAGGAGAUAAAGAAACAGUUGGACGCAAUAACUGAAAAAGCCAAUUUCCUGGAUCAGGCGCUUAAGAGAGGGGAACAACGUUUGAAAGAUUUGUGCCAACAGGUCCAUAAUGUUUCGGUAGAGAAAGACAAACUGCAACAAGAAUGUAACGCAAAAGCAUGUGAAAUGGGUGCUGCACUAUCGAGACAGGCAGAAGUUACGCAGAAAAUCAAGAACGAAAUUACGCAAAACCAGGCGAAAAUCCAACAGCGCGUCGAAGAACUGCAGCGUGAACAGCAAAAGUUGCGCGACCAGUCGAAUGCUUUCGAUCAGCUCCAAGCCGAGAAAGAAACGCUUCAAAACAACUUCCUGCAGACGAAGCAAACGGCCGAAGCUGAACUGGCAAAGAAAAAAGAACACUACGCCAAACAAAUCGAAUUUUCAGAAAAAUCAUUGGAUGAUUUGAAAAUGGAAAAAGAAAAGCUGAUUGAAGACAUGACAAACAGCGUCCAGAAUCUUAACGCAGAAGGCAAAGCAACUGACGAACGCAUCAAGCAGCUGAGCGACAAGCGAUCCAAGUUGGCGGACGAUUUGCAGAGCUCCAAAGAACGCAACAACAAGCUCAAGCAGGAACUUGAUAACCUGAAACGGAACAAACAGCAGGACAUGGAACUCGCACGACUGAAGGAAUCGGUCAAAUCGGUUAAGAUUGAAGCGAAAGAGGCUGCUGCAGCUUCUAACAAGCCGAAUAAGCUUUUGAAUUGCAGACCGAAGAGGAACGUUUUCAUCAAAGCAAUGGAAAACCAUGGCGAGAAAGGUGCCUCGUCGAAGAAUCCACCGAUAUGUGUCAUUAGCGAUAGCGAUCAAUCUGAUGCUUUCGAAACUUCGGCAUACUUUGACGGUAAAUACUAGCUCGUAUAAUGCUCACUUUUCACUUUCUUGCUCAUUACUCUUCAUUUCAAAAUAAUCUACAUUCAUUAUAAUGUGCCAUGCGCUUACAUACACAGAUAUGUGUACCUAAUGGCACUAUUAGUUCAUAGCGCGUAUCAUUGGCAAACUACUUGGGUAAUAAUAGAUAUACUGUAUUCGUCGAUAUAAAGAACUCACGGUGUUUGUAA